CGGAUCUUCUCCCGAGUUACACGAACGGCCGCUGAGUAAACAAUCCCCCGAUGGCGCGGAACUCGAGCUAUUUUCCCAAUUAUUUCUCUCUCGGGGACAUACUGGCGACUCAGGACAGGGUUCCUUGUAAAUUCGAGCUCCCGGUGUAUAAUCUGGGUUACCUUGAUCCCUCUAGUGGCAAUAAAGAUGUAGUUGCUGGAACAAAGUUGGAGCUUCCCUGCUGGCUGGCCAGAGCUCUCUGCUCAUCAAGACGGCACAUAGUGUCAGCCCAAUUACCGAAUACGUUUAAGGAGCGAUAUAGGGAAAUUAUGAAAGCUGAUGCAAGUGUUGUAGAUUUGCACAAGCUUGGACCACACUUUUAUGAGUUAGGACAGCAUCUUCUACCGCUAGCUGGACCUGAAGCAGCAGCGCUAGCAUCUCUUUUGACACAAACUCUUAGAGAACGCCUACGAGGAAUAAUGGACUCGGCACAGAACUCUCUACGGGAUGAUGUGAAUGCCCAGAUUGCCAAAUUAGAUGAGCUUGAGAGGUCGCUCUUCCAUGCUGGCCAGAAAGCUCUCCAGGAUCAUCAGCUGUGGCUGUCCCGCAGAGCUCACAUCCUCACCACUUCGACCAUGGUUGAUCAGCACAAUAAGAGGAAAUUCUCUGCAAUUGAUUCAUGAAAAAAGGGAAAUUCAAUUUAAGAAUAUGUACAGAUUUUCACACUUUUCUAGAAUUACAAUCAUUUUGUGUAGAAUCAUUAUAUUGAAUAUAUUUAUAUUUGUAAAGACAAUGGAUUUGAUACAUAACCUAUGGUCCUUGAAAUUUUAAGGGUUGGAUUUGUAUGGAAUAAUAAAGCUAAACACACAUAGUGAUUAAAUAAAAUUUUCGCGCUUACCUUUAAAAUUACCUGUUAUUCAGUCACAUCACAUUCUCCUCUAUAUGCUGAAGCUUAGAACAUUCAUGUUAAGAAUGUGCAAUAUAUAGCAUUAAAUCAGUAUAAGUAAAGCUUGCGAAGACAGAAAAAGAUAUAAUGUAGUUUUAAGGCUUGGCAAACCUUUGCAUUGCUUAUAUUUUCUAGUAUGUCAUACAAUUUUCCGUUCUGAAGUGAUUCAUUGCAUCCCUAAAACAGAAGUGGCAUAGAAGGCCCAUAUGAAGAAUGGGGUACACAGUGGGUUUUGGAUUUGGAAACAUUUUAAAUGCUGACAAAGAACAUAAAUAAAUUUCAAUGAAAUAGGGCUCAUUUUGUUUUUAUUUGGGACAUUUAUCUCUGACACAACACAAAAACCGAAGGGUACAAAUAAUGCCAACAGGCCAAGAAAAUUACGUUCAUUGGUUGUUAAUGGCUGUGAUAAAUUUUUCUAAAAGCAUUUACAUGAAGGCUACUGUUUUUAAAUAAAACUUUUGUCCAGAAAACCUGACUAUCUCUUGAUAUAUCUUUGGUAUUAUUAACAGUUUAGAAUUAUAUGUAAUAGCUAGGUGCCAUUGCUCUGCAAGACUUACCUGCUAUUAAACUAAAUUGACAUU